AUGGGUCGCGCAUCACUUAGGGCGAUGCCUUUGGCGCAUCUUAAAGCGUAUUUGAAUGCAUAUGGGUUGAGAGCUCCACCUCAUGCAGUAGAGAAGGAGGACUAUGUUCGUGCCGUACUUGACGCGAGGCAAAACAACGGGUGUUUACCAAAGGCCAAUGAAGACUACUAUCGCCGGCAUUCAAUUCCCCAACCGACAGGAGAGCGCCCAAAGGGGUUCCUUGCCAGGAUGGCGGAGAGCUUUUCUGAUUUUGUUGACUCGUUACCCCAGCCAGAGUUAUCUACCCAUGUACACCCACCUCCAGUGCCACCGAGACAUACAGCUCCAAGACCACCGCCUCCGCCGCCUCCACGUCCUCAAGCUGCUCCUAGUCCAUCAAACGCAAGACCAACCCCACAACAACCCCAGCACAAUCCCCCUCCCCCACCACCCUCAACACAGAGGCCAGCCCCCCAAGCGGUACCAAUGGAGGAGCUUCUCGCUAUGAACUCAGAAGAAAUCUCCGCAUUGUCCAUUGGGAAACUGAAAGCAAUUCUACAACACCAUCACGUCCGAAUUCCUCAAGACGCUCUUGAAAAGCGGGAUUUGGUUGAUCGGGUUGUGACUCUAGUGGAAGCUGCUCGAGUUGCAAAGGAACGUGAAGCUCGUCUCAAGGCUGCCGAAGAAGAGGCAGAGCUUGAAGCUCAGCGACAGGCGUUAGAAGAGAUCGACCGCAGGAAGAAAGCAAGCGUACAGAAAGACGAUGCGGGUACCUCAGAAGAGCGGGAAUCCCAGGUAGAUGCCCCUGUUGGCCUACCGAAAGCCGCUGCACAUGCCGCUACGAAACUCGAACGAGACGGGCUGUGCGUGAUUUGCCAAGACGAGGAUGCCAACAUUGCGAUAGUCGAUUGCGGGCACCUGUGUCUGUGUCUGGAAUGCUCGGAACUGGUGAUGCAAUCGUCCAAGGAAUGCCCGCUGUGUCGGACAAGAAUUGUUACUUCUCAACGACUUCUUCGUAUAUUCAAGACGUAG